UUGCAUAAACACGUCUUUAGUAUUAAUCCUAAAGUUACUCACUCGGACGGCACUUAAUUAUAUUGUUUUCGUGUCAUAUUUUGUGGUGGUGUGGGGACUAAAUGGAGUGCGGUUUGCUGAUGAUACCGCUGUGAUAAUACGAGUUUUUAAAUAAAACAUGGAUCCAGAGGCACCACUCCAAAGCGAAAUAGUCUCCUCCCAAGAAAACCCCGGCAACAAGAAAUGCUCCAACAACUCCAAAAACUUCCUUAUAGACUCCUUACUUUCAAAUGAUCGCCAUAGCCCCUUAACCAGUGUUAUGGACAUCGACUCACCAAGAGAAGAAGAAACUAGUCAGGAGCAAUCCUUGGGCUCAUUUGAAGCACAUCACUUAAGAAGAAGAGUAUUCUUUGGUGACUCACACGAUUUUAACUUACCGGAUACGUCAAACGAUGACGACAGAAAGAAACGACCCAGAACCGCUUUUACCGCCCUCCAAAUCAAAUCGUUGGAGGCGGAGUUCGAGAAGAACAAAUACCUUUCGGUAUCCAAGAGGUGUCAACUCUCCAAGACUUUAAAGCUAACUGAGACACAGAUUAAAAUCUGGUUCCAGAAUAGACGUACGAAGUGGAAACGGAAAUACACGAGCGAAAUUGAGUAUUUGGCGCAGCAGUACUAUAGCUCCCUGGGCAUCAUGUCUCAUAGGCCCUUGUUCUUAGGAGAUCGGCUUUGGUUGUUUAACUAUCAAAACCAACCGAGCCUAACAGCCUCCCCAAUCCCUCCAUAUCCAGUCACAGCUACGGAGCCCUUAAGGCUACAACCGCCUCAAGAAUACGCCCCCCUCUACAGUCAACAGGAGCUGAAGCCUACAGACUGUUCCCCAAUGACGAGGCUGCAAAACUUCGAAAGACAGUUCGUUAAUCAAUAAUCUUAUGUGUAUUUAGUAUUAAGGAAAUAAAAAAAAAACUAUUUUUAAAUAUUGA